AUGCUACAGAUUCUGAGGAGGUUUGGCUGGACCUGGGUUGGUCUUGUGAUCAGUGAUGACGACUACGGUCGCCACACGGCCCAUUCAUUCAAGUCAGGCCUGGCCAAGUCUGGUGGAGGCUGUCUGGCUUAUCUAGAGGUUCUGCCCUGGGGACACGAUGUUAAUGAAAUACAGAGGAUUGUCGGCAGAAUGAAGAAAUCCACAUCCAGUGUGGUUACUGUUUUUGCACAUUCAAGCAACAUGCUUGAUCUCAUGGAAGAGGUGAAGCAGUUUUGGGAGCACAUAUUUCGGUGUAAAUUUGUAUCUGCUGGAAUGGAGGCGGAAGGAAUACCUUCCGAUUGUUUGUUAGAUUCAACCGAAUGUACAAGCUGUCCAGAGGAUUUUUGGUCCAACAUCCAUCGGGAUCAAUGUGUCCCCAAAAGCAAGGAAUUUCUUUCCUAUGUUGAACCCCUGGGAAUCUCCUUCACAACAGCAUCAUUAUUUGGAGCACUCUUAUGCACCAUUGUUUUGGGAAUCUUCACCCGGCAUCGGACCACGCCAGUGGUUAGGGCCAACAACUCAGAGCUUAGCUUCCUCAUUCUGCUGUCACUCAAAUUAUGCUUUUUGUGCUCCUUGUUUUUCAUUGGUAAACCAAGGCUGUGGACUUGCCAGUUGAGGCAUGCAGCAUUUGGGAUCAGCUUUGUUCUGUGUGUCUCAUGUAUCCUGGUGAAGACCAUGGUAGUUCUGGCAGUAUUCAAGGCCUCCAAACCAGGUGGUGACGGUAGUCUGAAGUGGUUUGGAGUAAUACAACAGAGAGGGACUGUUGUAUUUCUGACUUUAAUACAAGCAGCAGUUUGUAUAACAUGGCUUGUGUUUUCCUCACCAGCUCCUCAUGAAAACACAGAGUACUACAGCGACAGGAUAGUAGUUGAGUGUCUAGUGGGGUCCAGAGUAGGAUUUGGAGUAUUACUGGGCUAUAUUGGCUUACUGGCUAUUCUCAGUUUCCUGCUUGCAUUCUUGGCACGAAAUCUACCAGAUAACUUCAAUGAGGCCAAGUUUAUCACCUUCAGCACGCUGGUCUUAUGUGCUGUUUGGAUAGCCUUUAUCCCAGCUUAUAUUAACUCCCCUGGUAAAUAUGCCGAUGCUGUAGAAGUAUUUGCCAUUCUAGCUUCUAGUUUUGUGCUGUUACUGGCCCUAUUUGGACCAAAGUGUUACAUUAUUCUCCUUAAGCCUGAGAAAAACACAAAAAAGGCUUUAAUGGGACGAGGCUCACCAAGAUCAUAGAAACAGUGCAUUGAUUUGUCAUGGUUGAUUUUAAU